AUGUUGGAUGAUAGCGGCUGGCGAGAAUCAAGGACGCGUUCGCCGUCUGUCAUCCCAGACGAUGGCAUCCGCGGCUUCCUUGAAGAGAAGACGGCACACCUCUUUGCCACCCAGCUGCAGUCACGGCUGGACGCCCUUGAACAAACCAGAGAAACACCGAGAUUCCUCAGGCGCAACUCCUACAACCUGUAUCUUGAAGGCCACUUCGCCCUCCUCGACCCACGCGAACUCGAACGUACCACCCUGAGCCCCACGCCUCCCUCCAGCGACGAGGACUGGACAACGUCAGAGCACACCCCUGAACCCAAUUCCAAAAUCAACCAGUACAAACCAUAUCUUGUUGAAAUCUUGUUCCCGAGAUCCAAAGCUCUCCACGGCCGAAUUAAUCGAAAAUCACUGCGCGGGCGAGAUAAAAAGAACGGCAAAACACUCAACCCAAAUCACCGCAUGUUACGUCGCUCCAGAGAUAAGCCCAAUUCGCUCUUUUACGAGCUGGACUGGGUGGGCAGGAACGCAGUGGCCGUGUGCCAAUUGGCGCAGGACAAUUCCGAGAUGGGCAACAAGAAAGGCUGA